CCAAACAGUCAUUUCCGCCUCGAGUCUGCCGGGGGUGUAAAGUAUCCCAGAAAGCAUCUGUGGCAAGAGCUGAACACGCAAAAGAGGAAACCAUGGAGAAAGAGGAAGAGAGGAGGCGAUGAGAAGCACAGGGACAUUAAGAACUUGUCAGGAUGAAGAAGCACGCCGUGUCUCUAACUGUCUGGUUUGCUCAGGUUUUAACUCUCUGCGCUCUUCAUGAAAACCACACAGACCUUCUGACCAGACAUGAGCUGGACGUCUCCACAACAACCUCACAACCAAGAAAAUUCACGACAAACCAAGACGUCAGUACAAAAACAGCAACGAUGACCACAGUUACGUCAGCAGAGGAACUGCUGUCAGAUGGGAUGAGAUGGGAGCUGAGCGCCUUUACGAGCUCGCUGGAGGAUGGCAGAAGAAACAACACCAUCAGCACCUCUGACCACAACAUCAUGAGUCUCACAGAGACGACCGUCUCUACAAACAGCACAAGUGUCAUGACUGAAGAAACAGAAACAGGAACCAGCCCUGAAAGCAAGAGUAUAAACAUACAGGACAUGACUGAGAUCACAACAUCCAAAACAUCCGUCCAGCUGGACCAUGAUGUCCAAACAACAACAUCUGCAAGUUGGACAGAAGAUAGAACAAGUGAUACUGAUGAAGCAAACACCACCGGUGGGGAGGUGCCUCUGAUUUACUCAACACACCAAACUGAUGUAACACAAUCUAGAGGAAGUUAUGACACAACAGACAAAAGUCCAGCUCCAUCUACAGCAGGAACCUUUCUGGAGAUACUUUCUACAAAACAAACACCUACAGAUGUCACCAUGAACACUGCCACACCUGCAGGAACAUCCGGACAUAUCAACAUAACAGCAAAGCAGGUCCAUUCUACACAAGUAAUCAGCGAUUUCACAGACAAAACAGAGGAACCCCUGGUGUCUAAUAUGGACUGGAAAACAGAGGAGAACACAGAAGAUCUCACAACAACUCCAGGAAACAUGUGCAAUAACACAACAUGUACAACUGGGAGAGAUGAAGCAUGGCCCAUAAACUCAGAAGACAUCAGGAGUAGCAACAAAACCUUGCUCAGAAACAUCUCCACAUCAGAGACAGAGACACCUGCAGGAACAUCAGGAACAAUCAAUACAACAGCAACACCAGGUCAUUCUACACAAGUCCCAAGCAGACAACACCCCACAGAGGAGAGUUACUCCACAGAGAACACAGAGGAACCCCUGGUGUCUACUACUAAGAUGAUGGACUGGAAAACGCAGGAGAACACAGAAGAUCUCACAACAACUCAAGUGACUGUGUAUGAUGACAUGACAAAUACAACUUGGAGAGCUGGAGCAUGGCCUACAAACACUCAGGACACCUGGAGCACCAACAGCACCAUGCUCAAGAACAUCUCCAUAUCAGAGACAGAGACACCACUCUGGACAAACUGCCUCAGCCACGGUUCGUCAUCUCGGUCUCGACGGGUCUCGAACCUGGUCUGUUUCAUCACACUGUGGACUCUCGGGAUGGUAGCAUCCAUCUUCCUGGGCCUCACCGUGUUCCUGUGGGUGCGUCUGUCUAUCGUAAGAAAGAGGGCAAGUGGACGAGGAUGGAGGGACAGAACAGCAAAGGAGAAAGAGAGCCUGUGGGCGGAGCCAGACUCGUCCAACAAGGAGAGAGUGGAGUUCUGGUAUGCCAAAGGAGCCACGGCGGAGGAGGACAAGAGAAGAAACAGAGCAAGGCGAGUGAGGACGAGGAAGGAUGAAGAGGAGGACAUGGACAUGUGGAUUCAGCCAAAGGUGACGAUGAAGGACAUAACAGAGUUUUGGUACGCAAAUGGGAGAGUGAGAAACGACGAGGAGUCACAAUGUGAAGCCAACGAGGAAUGAGAGAGCCCGAGAGAGAGACCGAGAGAGAGAGAGAGUGCGAGAGAGACCGAGAGAGAGAGAGAGAGAGACAGAGAGAGACAGAGAGAGAGAGAGAGAGAGAGAGAGAGAGAGAGAGAGAGAGAGAGAGAGAGGUGGAGGAGUCUGUGUCCAACAGAACGGCCUAGUCCCUAUUUCCUACAAACACCAGAGUGCAUUAUGGGUCAUGGCUCCACUCUCUAGAUGAUUUGAUUUGCAGUGCAUUGUGGGACUUUAUAAACACUGGGGUUUUAUCAGUCUGUUCUCAUGUUCGGCUCCAAACAAUCACACAAACAAAAUAGUGAACUAUAUAGUGAACAGGGAGCAGUAAUACACACACAUAAACACACACUCACACACACACAUAAACAUACAUAAACACACACACACACUCACACACACACAUAAACACACAUAAACACACACACACAUAAACACACAUUAACACACACACUCACACACACACACAUAAACACACACAUAAACACACAAACACACACACACAUAAACACACAUUAACACACACACAAACACACACACAUAAAGACACAAACACACACACACAUAAACACACACACACUCACACACACAAACACACACACAUAUAAACACACAAACACACACAUAAACACACACACACACACAAACACACAUUAACACACACACACAAACACACAUAAACACACACACACAGACACACACACACACACACAUAAACACACACAUAUAAACACACAAACACACACACACAUAAACACACAUAAACACACACUCACACACACACAUAAACACACAUAAACACACACUCACACACACACAUAAACACACACACAUAAACACACACACACAUAAACACACAUAAACACACACUCACACACACACAUAAACACACACACACUCACACACACACACACAUAAACACACACACAUAAACACACAUAAACACACACACAUAAACACACAAACACACACACACAUAAACACACAUAAACACACACACACACAAACACACACACAUAAACACACAUAAACACACACACACUCACAAACACAUAAACACACACACAUAAACACACAUUAACACACACACACAUAAACACACAUAAACACACACACAAACACACACACAUAAACACACAUAAACACACAAAGACACACAAACACAAACACACACACACACACACAUAUAAACACACAAACACACACACAAACACAUAAACACACACACACACACAAACACAAACACUCACACACAAACACACAUUAACACACACACACUCACACACACAUAAACACACAUAAACACACACACAAACACACACACACAUAAACACACACACACAGCUACAGUUGCCUCCUAAAUGGAAUUCUGGUGUUUGGUUUAAUAAACUGUAUGUAAAUAACAGUGUGUUUUAUAUUAUUCUGUCCACAACACAUGACAGGAACAAACCUGUCAAUCAUCAGAGUAUCAUCAUCUUUCUUUCUCUUCUUGAUGACUCGUCUCACACACACACACAGCUUUGAGAAACAUGAUGGACUUCUGAAGGUUCUGAUCUUUUUUCAUCAGAAUCCACUGCCACACAUUUCUGCUCCAACAUGCUUUAAAAACCGUUAUUAACAAAUCUACACUCAGUGCUAUGCAGCUAAUUUGCAUAAAGUAGUCUGUAGUGUUGUGUUGAUGAUGUCACUAUGUGACUGUUGCACUUUAACCUUUUACUGGAUGUGUAACAAACAUUACUGACCCUCAAGCCUUAACUUUGUGCUCACAACGUUAAACCAUCAUGCUUUUCUUUUCAGAAGCAGCCGAUAUCACCAGGUUCCACAUCUGAGGGCCUGAUGGAGGAGACCGGUGCUUCCCCUCUCCUCUGUUCUUUUUCUGUGUAAACUCAAUAGACGAAUCUGUAAAAAAUCCCAGUUUCAGACCAGUCAUCUGGAACUAACCACCAUUUCACAGUCUGGUGUCUGAUGUUGUCAUAUUUGUGCCACCUGAUUGGCUGAUUAGAUAAUAAUAUGACAGAGUGGAUGUGUAAAGGGUUCCUAAUAAAUUGGCCAGCGUGUGUAUAUUACAGUAAA